AUGCCUCGCCGUCCGCCCAAGAAGGCCCGAACAGCCUCCCCUCUCCCCAGUUCUGCCCCUUCAGCCACUCCAGAUGAUCAACAACCAAGUCAAGUCCCCCAGGAUUCUGUCAAGGAGGAUGAAAGUGGAAGCCAGAUCACAAGGCCAAUGACAGAUCAAGAAGAACUAAGUAAGCCCUACUCAUGA